AUGGAAGACAAAAGAAGACUUGUUGAGAAGGAAGUCGAGAGCUUCCGCUCAAUCGCCUUCGUCGGCAUCUCCGUUACCAUCGCUGCCGCCAUGAUCGCUGUGAUCGCAAUUCCAGCCUUCUACAGCUACGUGCAGCACGUUCAGUCCAAGCUCGACUCCGAGGUUGACUUCUGCAAACACCGCUCACUCAGCCUUCACAACCAAUACGAAGUCGUCGAAGAGUUCACUGGAGUCCCAUCUAAAUUCGUCGUCAAACGUGAAGCCCACCGUGGAAUGAGCAAGAGACGUGUUGCCCGUAGAAAAGCCAUCAGAAGACGUCAAGCUGAAUGCUGCUCUUGCGGAGUUGGAGCCGCUGGACCACAAGGACCCCCAGGACGUCCAGGAAACGACGGACAUGAUGGACCAGCUGGAAACCCAGGAUCACCAGGACAAGAUGGAUCUGAUAACUACGAGCACCAACAAAACAGACAAUUCUGCUUCGAGUGCGCUGAGGCUCCAGCCGGACCACCAGGACAACCAGGACAACCAGGAGCUCCAGGAAACGAUGGACGUCCAGGACAAAGCGGAGGAGCUGCUAUUCCAGGACCACCAGGACCCCCAGGACCAUCUGGACAACCAGGUCAAGAUGGAAACCCAGGACAAGACGGACAGCCAGGACAACCAGGAGAGAGUCGUGAAGUUCCAGGAGCUCCAGGACCAGCCGGACAACCAGGAUCCCAAGGAGAGCCAGGACCAGCUGGGCCAGACGGAAGACCAGGACAACCAGGACAAGCUGGACAGCCAGGAGGACCAGGAGAGGCUGGAAGCGAUGGACAACCAGGACAGCCAGGACAAGCAGGAGAUGAUGGAGAGGAUGGAGACUCUGGAUCAUCUGGAUCUUGCGAUCACUGCCCACCACCAAGAACUGCUCCAGGAUAUUAG